AUGCAAGCUUACUCCAUCAACAAUGCAUGUCCCAUGUUCAGCAUGAGGGACCAGGUGACCAUGGUGCUUGCUGCAGCUCUAGGGCAUGUCUGGGACUUGAUCAAGGCAGUGCCACAGCCAGAGGAGAGAUUGGAGACAAUCUAUGUGUGGGUGGAGGACUGGGACAAGACUUGGGCCAGCAUUAGCUCAUGGUGGAAAUACAUCAACAACAAUGGAAUUAUUGUACUGAAGGUUUGUGAUGAGUGCAUGCACAACUACACUGAGGAAUCUGCAAUGUGCCAAAACCUUUUAGUCCCAGGUGCCAUUGCCAUCACUGACCUCCAGCACCCAGUAGAGCAAAGACAGAUCCACAUCAAUGACAUCUUUGAAGACUACCAGGAGAGGGUAGAGUUGAGGGCACAGCUCAAGGUGGAAAGGUUGACAAGAGAACCUUCUAUGCACAUGUGCAGACAGGCAGCAACAGUGACAGGUGAAGGUCAAGGCUGUGCACCCAGCAACACUGAAGCAGGGGAGUCUUCAAGGGGGACUGGACAACCAGUGAGGCAACAGACAGAUAGCACAGGCAAGGGGAAGGGCAAGGAAAAGGCCACAGAUGAAGUCAAUGAGCUGGAGAACAACAAAGGUGACUGCCCACCCAACCCUGACCUGCUGAAAACUGGUGCUCUGGCACCCAAAGCCAACCUGCCAUGUAGGGAGUGUGUGAAGGUCUUCCUGGGGAGUCAUGCAAGUGAUGUAGACAGGCCAAGCAGAAGUGCAGCCAGUUGCUCAGAGUGGGUAGGAAGGCAAAAUUCCGAACUGUCUCCCAAGCACCCAACACCUCAUGCUAGUCCCCCUUUGACCUUGAACAUGUCUCCACCUCCUGCACCUUGA